UCAAUUCUCUUUCCUCUGCACUCAGCUGCCUCCUCCGCAGUGCCCGCAAACCUCCUGGGACACCGCUCCCAGCAGUCAACCCACCUCCAGCUUCCCAGGAUGCACCCCUUGCGUCUGCUCGUUUGCCUGGGCACAGUGCUGGCCCCGAGCCGUGGAUUCAGUGUGGAUGUGGAGAGACCCAUCGCCUUCCAGGAGGCAGCCAGGGGGUUCGGGCAGAGCGUGGUGCAGUUCGGGAGUGCCAGCGCCGGGGGGGUGAUCGUCGGGGCCCCGCUGCAGAUGGGAGACAUGAAUGAAACCGGCAAAGUCUACAAGUGCGACCCGGGCUCCAGACGCUGCCAGGAGAUCCCCAUCCAGAGGCCCCCCGAUGCCGUGAACAUGUCCCUCGGUUUGUCUCUGGCUGCCCGGGGCUCCAAUCUUCUGGUGUGCGGCCCCACUGUGCACCGGGCCUGUGGGGAGAACAUGUACAUCAACGGCUACUGCUUCCUCCUGGACCAGAGCCUCCGGCAGCUCCAACGCAUCCCGGACAGCCUGGCAGAGUGCCCCAGACGUGCCACAGACAUAGCGCUCCUCAUCGACGGCUCGAGCAGCAUCAGACCAGAAAACUUCAGAAAGAUGAAGACGUUUCUCUCUGAGAUCAUGAAGCGUUUCCGCAGCACCGACACGCAGUUCGCCCUCAUGCAGUACUCGAACAGAUUUACAGAGCACUUCGACUUCUCACAGUACAGGAGGAGUCGCAACCCCGAUGACCUUGUCAGGUCGGUCGUGCAGCUCACGGGUUGGACGCACACGGCCAGCGCCAUCUGGAAAGUGGUGCAGGAGCUGUUCACCACUGGGAGAGGCGCUCGGGAUGAGGCCACCAAGGUUCUCAUUGUGAUCACAGAUGGGCAGAAAACUGGAGACCUGCUUUUUUAUUCAGAUGCUGUCCCCGAGGCUGAGAGAGCUGGAAUCGUCCGCUACGCCAUCGGGGUCGGCGAAGCCUUCUCCAGUGAUACUGCCCAACAGGAGCUCCAGGAGAUCGCCUCUGAGCCCACCAACGAGCACGUCUUCCAGGUGGACAAUUUCGAUGCCCUCCAGGGCAUCCAGAGCCAGUUGCAGGAGAUGAUCUUCGCCAUCGAAGGUUAUUCGUCUCAGGUCGUCACAGCCAAUGGGCAGAGCAGCUACGUGGUCGGGGCCCCUCGCUACCAACACACCGGCAAAGUCGUCCUGUUCAGCUGGGAUACCAGUGACGGACAAUGGACACCCAGAUGGGAGCUGCAGGGGGAGCAGGUCGGCUCGUAUUUCGGGGGUACGCUGUGCGCUGUGGACCUCGACAGAGAUGGGAGCACGGACCUGGUUCUGAUCGGAGCCCCCAUGUACUAUACACCUCUGAAUGGAGGGCGCGUCUAUAUUUGCUCGUUUAGCCGGCAGGGGGCGACGCUGAGGCGUAGGAGAACACUGCAGGGGCAGACGGGGCAGGCAUUCGGGCGCUUUGGGGCCAGCAUGUCCGAAAUCGGGGACAUCAGUGGGGAUGGACAGACGGACGUGGCCAUCGGGGCCCCCCUGGAGAACGACAAUCGUGGGGCCUUGUACAUCUUCCAUGGGGAAAAGGGAGGCCUCAGUCCCCAGUACAGACAGCGCAUCGAGGGGUCGCUGUUUCCCAGCACGCUGCAGUACUUUGGCCAGGCCGUCAGUGGCGGGACAGACCUGACGGGGGACGGACUCCCAGACAUCGCGGUGGGGGCACAAGGGCAGGUCCUGCUGCUGAGGUCCCGGCCAGUGCUCAGAGUCAGGGUCUCCAUCAGCUUCCAGCCCCCAACCAUCCCCACCUCGGCCUUCGACUGCCAGGGGCAGGAGCAGCUCAACACGGAAGCCAGCAGGGCAGAGGUCUGCUUCACCGUCACUAAGAGCACCAAGGACAGCCUAGGCAACAGGAUCUCCAGCACCAUCCAGUACAGCCUGGCCCUGGACCCCGGGCUGACGAAGAUUCGAGCCGCCUUCGACUCCACCGGCCCCGUCCUGAGCAGGGAGCUGCGGCUCGGCAUCGAGACGAGAUGUGAGACAUACCGGAUAAUGUUACCUCUCUGCCCUGAGGACACACUGACCCCCAUCACCCUGCACCUCAACUACACCCUGAUGGGGGAGCCCAUCACUGCUGCCGGCCACCUCAGACCCAUCCUGAGUGAGGACUCCACUGUGAUGACUGCAGACCUGCUCCCGUUUGAGAAGGACUGCGGCAGUGACAGAGUCUGCACUGAUGAACUACAAAUUUCCUUCAGUUUCUCAGGCUUGAGCACCCUGGUGGUGGGAGACACCCCUGAACUCAACACCACCGUCUCCAUCCAGAAUCACGGGGAGAAUUCCUACAACACCACGGUGGAGUUCUUCUACCCGGCCGCGCUGUCCUACCGCCGGGUCCUGCUGCUCCAGUCUAACAGGAGGGCCAUGACCGUUAAGUGCAGCUCGGCCGUGGGCACUGAGGAGCAGAGUCAGAGGAACAGCACCUGCCACAUCAACCACCCCAUCUUCUGGAGCGGGGCCGAGGCCAUUUUCAUCGCCACAUUUGACGUCUCCCCCAAAGCUGAUCUGGGGGACAGUCUGCAGAUCACAGCCAAAACCAGCAGUGACAAUGGUGGCCCCAUCACUGAGCGCAUGAUUCACCAGGCGGAGCUGCCGGUCAAGUACGGCAUCUUCAUCAUCCUCACCAGCCUUGAGGAAUCGACCAAGUAUAUCAACUUUUCUGCCGAGGAGGCAGGGACAAGUGUGCCAGUGACACAUUGGUAUGAGGUCAAGAACCUGUGGCAGCGACGCGUCCCCAUCUCGGUCACGUUCCAGUUCCCCGUGGAGCUGAGCGGGGUCCGGGUGUGGGACGCCUCUGAGGUCGUCCCCUCCAAGCCCCACCUGGCUCAGUGCGCCAGUGAGGCUGACACGCCCGGUUCGAAGGACUUUGUGAAGCAGAUGAGCGAUCGCCCCCUGCUGGACUGCUCCGUGGCCACCUGUAAGAAGAUCCGGUGCAGAAUCGCCACCCUGGAAAUGCAGCACCCGCUGGAGUUCAUGAUCAAAGGGAACGUCAGCUUCCAGUGGGUCUCCCAGACUCAGCAGCAGAAAGUGAGUCUGGUGAGCGAGGCCCGGAUUGAAUACGAGGAGGAGAAAUACACCCAGAAGGAGGGAUUCGUCCAGCGCCAGGUGCAGACGGUGGUGGAGCGCUCCGAGGUCUAUAACUACCUGCCCAUCAUCGUGGGCAGCAGCGUGGGGGGCCUGGUCCUGCUGGGUCUCAUCACCACAGCCCUCUACAAGCUUAAUUUCUUCAAGCGCCAGUACAAGGAGAUGAUGGAGGACACGAGGGACGGUGUUGGAGCCAGGCUGGGCCAGAGCAACUGUGCCAAUGUCUGCCUCAGCCCUGACAUCCCCAAACAAUAGCCCCCCUGCCCCACCCCAGCCCCAGGAUGCUGUGGAUCUGCCCUUCCCAACAUCUGCCCCCCAUUGACCGCUCUGGAUCUGCACCCUGAUGACCUACUCAGAACAUCGCCCUAUAACAACCAUGUGGGGUUGGGAGUCUGGACUUGUGAGUUCUCUCCCCAGCUCUGGGAGGGGAGUGAGGUCUAGUGGUUAGAGCGGCUGGGGGAAGCUGGGAGACAGGCCUCCUAGGUUCUAUCCCGAGCGGAUGAGAGAUCUGUGCUAUGCUAGAUUAGAACAAUAUGGGACGUGAACCCUCUCGCAAAGCGAUGGACGCUAAGGAGCUCAGUGUGUGCGGUUUAUUAAAAAGAAGACAUGUGCGAUUGCAGUGUA